UUGCCAGCACAAUUGUUUCGUUCCAGUGCUGAAAGCGUGCUUCGCUGUGGAUUGGUGUGAAAAGUGAGGAGAAGUGAUCUGUGAGAACUGCAGCAGGGUAAGGAGAAUACAGCUGGGAAUUUUGCCUGGAGCGCAGCAGGCUGGAGAUCUGUGGCUAAAAGUAAAACAAGCAUAAGGAAGAGAUGAGGAGAGAGCAAGGGGGACUGGGAUGGUGUGAAGGAUGAGGUUGGAGGAGGUAGAUGAUGAGUAAGAGUGGACUUAAAAAGGACACAGGAAGAUGAUAGAAGAGGAGAGCUUUACCUUAUAGGGAAAACAGAAAGGAUCCACAGAGCGCUUCACAAGUUUCUACUCAACAAUUUGCACAUGCAAACUCAACAGACUCUCAAUCUCAGACUGGAUGUGGAUCUGCUGACUUCUGAGGAGAAUCCUUCCAGCUUUGGCUUCAGCGUCACUCUGCCUGGGAUCUACGUCUCGGCACCUUCGCUGCACCCUCUGUCUCGGUCUGCUAACCUGUGAUUUGAUGUGUGCAUGCUCACACCCACAAUGUUGCAACACUAGACAGUCACAAAAGCAGCUCCUCCUCAUAAGCAGCAGGUCCCUGGAAGCAGUCGAGCUGUCAGUGACUUGCUGCAAACGCACGCCUGCUCUCGACUCCGAGCUCUCCGCUCUCUCUUUUUUUUUUUGUUUUUUAAAGUUCCUGCCAAGGAAGGAGGAGGAUGGAAAGUGUGGCUGAAGAGAAGAGACAGAAAGCAGAGAGAGAAAUCUGAGGAACUGAGAGGCUAGAACAAUCUGACAGCUCCGAUCUGGCUCUGUUCGCUCCGGGUGACUGGAGGAUCCCUACAAGUGAUCCCUUGCUUUUGGGUCAAUCCGGACCUUCGGCGUUUCUCUUAAACUGUUUCAUUUCCUCUCUCUUCUUUUGCCUCCACCAUGCGAAGAGACCGCUUCCUGCUGGCUACAACCCUUGCAGCCCUUUUCUCUGCAGAUUUCUACUUCAUUCUUCUGCCAAAGCUGCAGAGCAGGAGACACAGAGCGGCAAACAGUUGCUCGUGUAGCCCAGACAGCAACCUCAGCCUCCCCAGGUUGGAGACUCUUGCCACACCACACCUCUCCAACUGGACUCAUGCACCUCUGUCAAGUGCUGCGACUACACCUGAAGUGGAUGAUGGAGGCUCCAAGCUGCAGAGGCUGUUCUCUCACGCUCUCUACAACAUCCAGACUCCAGAGUUGAAGCCAGAGGAGAAGCUGCUGCAGGUGAAGCAGCUGAUGGAGUACUACAGGAGGAAGGUGUCACACUGGGAAAGACGUAAGAAGCUCUUCGAAGAAGCAGCUACUUUGACCAACAUGUCGUUGAUGGAGCAAAAGAUGAGUUAUGAUCCCAACGCCAGCUGGCUGAGGUUCCACCUGGGAAUCAACCGCUACGCCCUGUACACCCGAGAUGACCCCGCCAUCCUCCAGCUUCUCACCGACAUGCAGAACAUGACCAUCGUUGGAGCAGAUUACACCCAGGAUGAGAAAGCUCUAAAAGGAGCGUGUGACUGCACUCAAGUGGUGAAACCGAGUGGCCAUCACCUGAAGCUGGCUCUGAAGAUGAGCAACUUUGGCAAAGCGAUGUUUAAACCGAUGAGGCAGCAGAGAGAUGAGGAAACUCCAGGGGACUUCUUCUACUUUGUGGACUUCCAGAGACACAACGCAGAGAUCGCAGCCUUCCACCUGGACAGGAUCCUGGACUUCCGGAGGGUUCCGCCGGUGGCCGGCAGGCGAGUCAACGUGAGCGGAGAAGUCCUCCACGUUGCCCACAACGAAGACCUGCGGGCCGUGUUCUUCACCUCACCAGCAAACAACACGUGUUUCUUCGCCAAGUGCCUGUAUGUGUGUAAGACGGAGUACGCUGUGUGUGGGGGCCCUGACCUGCUGGAGGGCUCCCUGUCCGCCUACCUGCCGGGCCUCACCGUGGCUCCUCGCCUCUCCAUCCCGAAUCCAUGGAAACGCUCCUACACCUUCUCCGGACGAGAGGAGUGGGAGGUAAAUCCUUUCUACUGUGAUUCCGUUAAACAGGCGUAUCCUUAUAACUCUGGCAACAGGUUGCUCAACAUCAUAGACAUGUCCAUCUUUGACUUCCUGAUAGGUAACAUGGACAGACACCAUUAUGAGAUUUUUACCAAGUUUGGAGAUGAAGGAUUACUUCUGCACUUGGACAACGCCAGAGGGUUUGGGAAGCAUUCCCAUGAUGAGAUGUCCAUCCUGGCUCCACUGUCUCAGUGCUGCAUGAUAAAGCGUUCCACGCUGCUGAGGCUCCAGCUCCUGGCCCGACCACGCUUCAGACUCAGCGAUGUCAUGAGAGAGUCUCUGGACGGGGAUCCUUUAAGACCAGUGCUGACCGAGCCCCACCUGUUGGCGCUGGACCGCAGGCUGCAGAAGGUCCUACGGGUGGUGCAGCGCUGCGUCCGGCGGCUCGGCCAGGACCAGGUCAUCACUAAGGACUUCACAAAACCCUCAGAGACUCCUCAGAGAGCAACGCAGAGGGAAGACAACAGGUAGCUGAGGACUGAGCUGCUUUUGGUCAACAGAAGCUGCCUGGGAGUCUUUAGUGAUGACCUGCAGUCACCAUGGAAACCGAGGAAGAUCAGACUGGAGUUGAAGGAAGAAGAUGCCAGGAGAUCCUUAAAGAGAACUCGGACAAUGAAAGAGCCACUACAUGACCGAGCAAAGUUUGAAACUUUUCAUCAUUUAAAUUAAGCUAAACUAAAACCGCUGUCAUACACACACACACACACACCAUCAUAAGCAACAGAGAUACUGAAUCCUCAUCAUACUGGCGCCUCUGGAAAAGAUGAGUGAAAAGCCUUAAAAUGCAGUAGACCUGUUUUUUCUUGCAGUAGCAGAGUUUACAGCGACACAUUUUGAAAAUUUUACUUUUAAUAUUAAUCCAUUUAUUCUUGUGGAAAACAAAGAUAUAACAAAGAUUCAUAUUUUGACAAAUUAUGAAUUUUUAACUGAAUCCUCAAACCAAUUCCGUAAAAAAUAAGAAAAGAAGCUAAAUCUGUUUUUAAAUUUUGUUAGCCUAGUAGCAUAAUAGGUCUUAGGCAAUUAUGCUAUUAGGUUAACGAUUUGUUUUCCUUAGUUGCUCUAAACACUUUUAAUUAGUAAUUCAUGACUUCCUGUUUUCCAUGGAGCUACUUGGCUACAAUAAGUGGUCUAAACUUGGACACACAGUUUGGGGGUUCAUUAAAAAAUCUUAAACAACUAGAAACUUAGUUUGUGUCUGAACAAGAACACGUGUUCAUCAUGAGGCUGUGCACAGCGAGCCAACACUUCCUGAAAGGUCACAGAGAACCUGAGGUCACCAGGCCUCCAUAAGAGCAACAAGACGCCAUAUCCAUGGCAACCAGGUGUCAUAAUUCAAUUCUUUCUCCACUUAUUAUGUGCACUGAAAUUAAAGGUUUGAAUUUUCA